AUGGUGAGGAAUACACAACCGGGGGUGCGCCUCGCCGGCCUCAUCGCUAGCGUCACACUCCUUGUCGGGGCCGCAGCGCAGUCAGUAUGUUACGACACAUGGGGCCAGCAAGAUCCAGAUCAGCAGCCGUGCGCAGCACCAGGAGCGAACACCGGGGCGGCGACAUGGUGUUGCAACAAGGGCGACACAUGCCUUUCCAACGGGCUCUGCAUGAGCCCUGGGUCGAACAACCUCAUGACCCAACAGGGGUGUACCGACAGGAACUGGGGCGGGUCGUGCAAUAGGAUCUGCCCUGCGCCCAAGGACCGCGAGCUCACUGCGAUACCCCUAAUCCCCUGCCCAGAGAGCUUCGACAGCACCACCAACACCGUCAAAUUCUGCUGUGGCCCCGAUCCGUCCAAGUGCUGCAGCACCCCAUCCUCCUGGAUCCCGCUCUCUUCCGGCACCAUACUCGCCUCACAGGGCUCAUCCGACUCCAGCAACUCCAACGAGUCCUCCAACAGCUACUCCCUCAAAAUCGGCCUAGGCAUCGGCCUCGGCAUCGGUGUGCCGAUCCUCCUAGUCCUCCUCGCCGUCGCCUACCUCCUCUCUCAACCCUUACACGCCCGCCGGGCACGCCGCAAACGCCAAGAGCAGCAACAACAACGCAAGCGCCGAUACGGCGGUACCAACACGGAAAAGACCUCCGACACCUCCCAGACCUUCCCCCCACCGGCCUUCUUCCAGCAACACCACCAACGCACAUCGCCAAGCAGCGGCCACAAAUCUUUCGGCCAGGUUGACACGCGUAUCCGCACCUCCACCGACGCCAGCAACCUCGACGAUUCCCCGACCAACCACCGCAAUAUCUCCCCCGACGACGAUCCCACAUCCCCUUCUCGCUGGCCGCACCACCAUUGGCCCCCACCGCUCAUCACCAACCCGAACGCUGUCAUUAACCACACCCAUAAUAACAGCCACGGGAGCAACGACGGCAGUCCCAGAGCUGCCGGCGGCGCAGGCGGAGGAGGAGGCGGAGCAGGAAACGGAGGUGCAGCCAGCGUAGCCACGGCCCUUGCGCAAUGGGCCCGCUCACCCUUCGGCAUGGGCGGUAUGCAGCCGCCACCACCGAGUCCUAAGGAGAUGGAUGCCGCACAGGCAGCGUUUGUGGCACAGGCGGGGCCGGCCGCCGAACUGCCGUCUCCUGAUCUCGAGGGGGGUGAGCAUCGACGCGGUGGGAGAGGAGGGAGGACGGUGAAUUGGGGGGAUGAUGUGGAGAGUGGGAGGGGUCGAGUAGCGGGAGGGAGACAGACACAAGGACAGACACAGGGACAACAAGCACAGAGACAGACGCAAACGCAAUCGGGGAGAGGGGCUUGGUUUAAUGCUGCGAGGAGAGUACAUGUGGCUGGGCAAGAGGUUGAGUUGCCUACGCCGGAUACGCCGGGGAGGAGGGAGAGGGAGAGUCGGGGGAGUAAGAAAUAA